AUGGUUGAUGAGAAGAAUCAUAAUGAACCACAACAACCAGAACAACAAGAACAACGAGGGCAACAAGGACAACAACAUAUAAAUCAGCAAUAUGAUCCAAAUGACCCACUACAUUCAGGAGAAGAAGAUAAUGAUGAAGAUGACGAAUUCUCACUAACGUCAAUAUCUUCAUCAGCAAUCUCAAAUUCUUCACCAAUUAUAGAAGAUCCAAUAGCUUAUAGAACGAAUUAUGAAGAUCCAAUAGAUGAUGAAACGAUAUGUAAUGAGUAUUACCCCAAGGGAGAUAAAAGAAAUUUUGCCACCACACUAAUUACGGAGGAACCAACAAGAAAGCAACCUUUAUGGAGAAAAGUUUAUGAAAUUUUUUAUCCGGGGUAUAUAAUAAAUCAUUUGAACUAUACAUCUUUUAAAGUAGUUAUUCAAAGUUGGUGUUAUGUAUGGCCAGUUGCUGUUUUGACUAUAGUUCCCAAAACAGGUCAUUGGUUAGGUACUGCUUCUUAUCUAGUAUCAAUUGUUUCAUUUAUUAGUAUUUCCGGUGGGUCACCUGUUAUAAUAAAUUUUUUAGGUGCUUGUGCUAUAAUGAUUGGAGUAAUGAUUUCAUUCAUUCAUCAUAUUGUAAGGUCUAAAAUUAUAAAUGAUCUUCAUGGAGGUAUUACACAACAAGAAUUAGUGCAACAACUUAUUAGUGAGGGAAGUUGUCAAGUUGGUUCUGGCUUACAACUAUGUAUUGAAAAUCAGAUUUUUUCAGGUAGAUAUAUACAAACAAAAUCAAUAGCAAUAACUAUCCUAUCAAUGAUUUCAAAUACUUUGAUCUUAGGAAUGAUUAGACAAAUUCAUCCAUUAUGGAAUCCAGCUUAUAUAUUUGGACAAAUAGGUAAUGUUAUAUUUUCAUGUUAUGGUCAUUUUUCACCAUUAUAUGAUCCUUUAUCGGUUGGAUUAAUUGUCAUAAAACCAGUGGGAAUAUCAUUGGUAUUUAAAAUGGCAACUGCUUUAUUGAUUUUUCCUUCAACUUCGAAUUUUAGAUAUUUUGCUGCUAGUAUUGGAUGUAUUGGUGGGUUGAGAAAAGCAUGUACAAACCACAAAAGAUUAUUUAAUACAAUGAGACCUUCCGCUCCAAAUUUCGCUAACUACAAAGGUUUUAAAAAGGAAAUUACUGGUAUUAGAGCCAAAAUGGCACCAUUAGAAAUUAUAGCGUCCACAAUUUGGUUAGAGUAUUCGUAUGGAAGAUUUGACGUUGGUGAUGUUGGGCAGUUCAGGUCUUCAUUUAAAAAUUUAGUAACAUCAACUGCAAGUUAUGCACAUUUUUAUCAAUUACUACAAGAAAGAACUUUUUUCGCUAAGGAUGAUUUUGCAAUAACAAGAAGAAAAUCAAAUGCUUCAUCUUUUGCUCAUGGACAUGCUAAGUUAUUUAGUGCAUUUCAUGAUUCAUACAGGAAAGUCGGAGAAUAUGAAAAUAGGAAAAGAAUUAAAAUUUUAAGAAAUAGAAUUAUGCAACAUGGAGAAGGUCAUAGAAUUGGAGUUACUCAAAUUGAUUUGAUUGCAAAAUAUUUAACUGAGAAAUUUAGUCCUAUUCUUGAUACUACAGACCAAGGAUUUGAUGUAGUAAUACAAUGGCUUACAGCAGCUAAUGAAUUUAGAAUAUAUGCUUGGUUACCAGGACAAUGGGAAAAACACAUCAAAAAGAGAGAUGAAAUGGCAUUAAAAGUUAAGCAAGUUAAAAAGGAAAUUAAAGAAGUUAUUGCAAAAUAUGAUGAUACUGAAACUUUGAAAAAUUUAAUGUUUGAUAAUUCAAGAACUGAGGAAGCUUUAUUAUUUUUGAUAAGUCAAGGUGUUUUAUUUUUACAAAUUGCAAGAUUACAAUGUUCUAACUUGUUAGAUUUAUUAGAUUUUUGUAUCGAUCUUGAUGAAAGAAGACCAACUCCAAAAUUUAUAACAUCAUUCACAAAAACAAAAUAUCUCAAACCAAGACAUUUGACAAGUGAGUUAGAUGCUGAAUUACCUGAUUAUUUAAAAAGUACUGUUGAAAGAAGAAAUGCUGAUAGUUUACCACCUUCAAAUUGGUUUCAAUUUUGUGGGUAUUAUUUAUUGAAUGUUAUCAAAUUUUUAAUGUCUGAUAAAUUAUGGUUUUGGAUACGUGCUGGUGGAUUGAUUUGUAUUGGAGCUAUACCUUAUUUUGUAAGAACUACUGCAAAUUGGUACUACAGUAAAAGAAUGGUAUGGUUGGUUAUUAUGAUUGCUGUAUCAAUCAGUGAAACUUCUGGACAAACGAUAUAUGUAUUUGUUUCAAAACUUAUAUAUACAUUUUCUGGUUGCUUGCUAGGAUUAGUUGGUUGGUAUAUAUCAUGUGGAAAUGGGUCAGGUAAUUAUUAUGGAUAUGGAGCGGUUACUGCUGUAAUAUUUUUAUAUUUAAUAUUUUUCAGACAUUUUUCAAUUCAUCAAACACUUUUACCACAAAUUUUAUUUGGUGUUACCACAGUUUUAGUCUUAGGAACAUCUUGGCUAGAUGCGAAUGGUAGUACUUCAGGAAAUGUUGGAUAUGGAUGGGUUCCAGCAUAUUUAAGAUUUAUAGGAGUUAUAAUUGGUCUUUGCAUUGGGUCAUUAGCUGCUAUUAUCCCCAAACCAAUAUCAUCAAAAUUAAUAGUUCGUAAAAUUUUAGGAAGCUCAUUAUUUGAAAUUGGUAAUAUACAUUGUGAUGUUUCCAAAUUUGCAAUGAGAAGAUUAAAUGAUCCAAGUUUUCAAAUUCAAGAAAGAAAUGAUUUAUUAUUAGCUAGGUUUAGAUAUUUAUUUAUGAGAAUUGCUGGAUUAAAUAAGUUGUUGUUACCUUUAAAAUUUGAAUUACCAAUAUCUGGAUAUUGGCCGGAAAGUAAAUAUAUUAGAUUACAAGGUUUAUUAUCAGAUACAGUACAAUUAUAUUUAAUGUUAUUAGUUGCAUUUAAUCAAUUGGAAGACCCUAAAACUUGGAUUCCAAUAAUAACAAAGAGAGUUGGAAUUUGUUAUUCCGAUUUAGAUGCAGAAAUAUUUUCAUUAAUUCACAUGGCAUCAGGUGCAUUAAAAUCAAAAGAUGCAUUACCAAAAAUUACAGAGGCAAAUAUAUCAGUAAAACAUAUGGAAUUGUUACGAAACCAAUGGGGAAUAAAUAAAAUAUCAUUAAGUGAAAGAUUUUACAGUAAACCUCGAAAAAAUUCCACAACAAGUAAUAAAGAUCCUUCAAGUAUAACUGAACAUUUAGAUUAUAAUAAAUUUUUAAGUAAAGAUGGACAAUUAAAUAUAGCAUCUUUACUUAUAGCUCAUAUGAUAUAUAAUAGAUUAGAUGAAAUUAUGAUUGUUGUUAAAGGAUUAGUUGGUGAAGUAUUUGAUAUUGAUGAAAAUAUAUUAAUAGACGAAAUAGAUUUAGAUGGUGAGAAAUUUCAAAAUCAAGAAGAGGCGGUUUUAUUAAAACACAUGUAA